AUGUCGUUGGGUACUUUAUACGCUACUCAGCAAAUCAGAAGUCUUCCUGCCAAAGCAUUGGCCAAGCAUUUCAACUUGGAUAUCAAAAUCAGCGACAAAGAUGCUGCAUAUGAAAAGAAUUUCCCAUUGAAUAAAAUCCCAGCCUUUAUUGGCCCAAAGGGAUUCCAAUUGACUGAAGUCAUUGCCAUUUGUCUUUACUUCAUUAACUUGGGUGAUCCAAAGUCUAAAUUGUUGGGUAAGAACGCUGCUGAAUAUGCCCAAAUUUUAAAAUGGACCUCGUUGGCUAAUACUGAGUUGUUACCAACCGAAGCCAAGGUCUUCAAGCCAUUGAAUGGUGCUGCUCCAUACAACAAGAAACAAGUUGACGAAGGAUCUGCUUACUUGGAAAAAGUCAACGGAGUUUUUGAACAAAGAUUGGCAAACUACACUUACUUAGUUGGUGAGAGAAUCACAUUUGCUGAUAUCUUAGCUGCAACUUUGUACGUAAGAGGUUUUGACUUUUUGUUUGGUGAGCAAUGGAGAAAGGAACAUCCUGGAAUCACCAGAUGGUACAAGAGCGUCAUCAAGUCUCCAAUCUUGGCCGAAUUCUUGGGUGAUUACAAGUUCAUUGAGAAGCCAAUUGAAUAUGUACCACCAAAGAAGGAGAAGAAGGAAAAGGCUGCUUCCGCUGCUACCCCUGCCAAGAAAGAGGCUGCUGCUCCAAAAGCUGCUGCUUCUGCUGCUGCUGACGAACCAGCCCCAGCUGCUCCAAAACCAAAGCACCCAUUGGAAGCUUUGGGUAAGCCAAAGGCCCCAUUGGACGAGUGGAAGAGAUUCUACUCCAACGAGGAAACCAGAGAAACCGCUUUGCCUUGGUUCUGGAAAAACCAAUACAACCCAGAAGAAUGGUCAUUGUGGAAGGUUGACUACAAGUACAACGACGAAUUGACAUUGACAUUCAUGUCCAACAACUUGGUUGGAGGAUUCUUCAACAGAUUGUCAGCAUCCACUAAGUACAUGUUUGGUUGCAUGGUUGUCUACGGUGAAAACAACAACAACGGUAUCACUGGUGCUUUCUUGGUUAGAGGACAAGACUACGUUCCUGCAUUUGAUGUUGCUCCAGAUUGGGAAUCUUAUGAAUUCACCAAGUUGGAUGCUUCAAAAGAAGAAGACAAAAAGUUUGUUGACAACAUGUUUGCCUGGGAUGAACCAGUCGUUGUUAACGGUGAAAAGAGAGAAAUCUCCGAUGGUAAAGUCUUUAAGUAG